UCGGCCUAUUCGUUUGGCAACACUUGACAACUGGACAAUGAUGAACGUGCCCCCUUUGGCGAAAGGCCUUUCAAGCUGUUUGAAGAUGAAUUAGGCAAUUAUGUGCAUUUCAAUUUGACAUCGAUUAGGAUAUUUUGCAUUGUAUCGAAGUUGUCGUUCUUUGUGCUAUGUCGGGUAUGAAUUUGAUAUGAGAUAGGCUUGGUGUAUAUACAUGUGGGGCGAAGAAAGUGCGUGCAGAAGGAGUGGAAGGAAUGUGUGUUCUUGAACUGUUCAAAAGUGGUGACAUGUUGGAAAACCGGAAUGACGUCACUCAGCAGCAUCGAUGAUCAAUCUUCGGUCAUCUAAAGGACAUUUCAUUCUUAGGAAAACAUACCGAUGCACGGGCAUGAUUUGUCUAUCAGCAUUAACCAGGCAUGUCAUACUGAAAUCAAUCAUUGGUGAUAAUGGAUUUUAGAAGUUAAUCGGUGAUCAAUGUGAAAUAUCCUGUUACUAUGGGAGAUAGCAGGCCACAUCAACAUCAUUUGACUGGUGGACGUGUUUGGUCGAGAUCGGGUCACUCUGAUUUACUAGCCUCAAGUCUCUCAAGAAUAUGGAGAAAAUGUGGUAAAUCACAAUUCCGCUCUUGUGUUAAACGGAUCCAAUUUCCUUCGAUCGAUUGUACUAAUUGGAAGGUUUUGUAAUGUUCCAGUAUCUAAGAGUUUUUCUCAUUCUGGGAAUGGAUGACUGGCUUUAUCAGUUGAGAAGGAAGCGACUUCAUGUAGGUACCCUUUUGUCUGUGGAACCACGUCAGCAUGGCAGUGUUCAUUGUCAGUUAGGAAUUGACUUUUAGACAAGGUGUCACAGAGUAUUUGUGAACAUGUGGAGAGGCAUCAAUGGAUACGCUAAAAAUGAGAAACUGACUCAGAAAGAUUGACUAAGCUUAACAUGACCACCACUGAAUAUGUGCUAAGGUUGAGCCCCGACAGACGCGGUGGGGAGAGAUACACCAUCCAUAGCAGGCGGGUCCCAAUCGGCCCCGAUGAUCCCUACUAUGACAUCUACGACAAGUAUCGGUACAAGGGCCCCGGCAACGAAAAGAUCCUUGGGAAGAUCCCAAGAUACGACGACCCGAACGACCAACUUUCCCAAGCAAGCUACGCCGAGAUUGACAGUACCAUGCCCUCCCGCAUAGGAUACAACCGACCCAACGGCAACGAAUAUUACGACGACGAAGAAGACAUGUAUCGGCACGACCACGGCCCCUUGGACGCCAAGGGGAAGCUAGUGAGCUUCUUUAGGAAUGGGGACCCACACUUCAAGGGUCUCAAGACCAGUAUCAGUCAGAAACAGUUCUCGACUUUUGAGACUUUAUUGAUGUGGUUGAACGAGAAAGUGCCCACCACGACUGGGGUGCGGUAUCUUUUCGUUCACCCUGAAGGGUACGAGGUCAAGGACAUAAACGAGAUCGAGGGUGGGAAAUCGUAUGUGGUUUCCGGAGUCAAAAAGCUCAAUACUAGUGUAGUGUACGGAAACUCUAAAGAAAACUUCUGGCAUAAUAAUAAGAUGUCCGCGGGUAAGUUAAGGAGAGCGGAUAGGCAGCUUCUCCGUGAAGGGCCAGGCGGUCCGUAUUCACACGAUAAGAACUAUACGGGGGCGUCCCCCGGGCAGCAGAGACCUAGGAUUUUCACGGUUAUUAGUAACACUCAUAGAGAUAGUAAGGAGAAAGUUAUCCUGAAUCCUCAGACUGCUCAAACCUUCGAGGAUCUUCUCCGCCAGGAUUUUACCAAUAUGCUGAAGCUGGCCACUCCACCAGUGCAGACGCUUUAUACGGCAAGGGAACCGUUCAAACGAGUCGAAAGUUACUCGCAACUCUUCAGAGAAUUCAAAAACCACGAUGCCUUUAUCGCCUGCGGAAUGGAGUUGAAGCCGUACGAACUUAAAAACAGGGCAGCUCCUGGGGUACGGAACGACCCAUCUGAAGAGAGAGAUAAAGAUAAUAGAGAAAUUAGAGACCGGACAAGGAAUGAGAGAGAGGCGUAUGAUACGGGUACUGAUCGGAGUCGUAGGAAUGAGCGAGACUCGUACGAUCGGAGUCGCAAGGCCAAUCGGAACGACCUUCUUGUCGACGAAGAUUACGACCAACAAGAACGGACACCCCGUAACCACACGAGCUACCAGAAUUACAGCCCGCCCCCGAACAGAGGUCGUCCCUGCCGUGACGACCCCAGGGAGGUCCGUAGUGACAUCAGGGAUAACCGGCCGCCGCCCUACAGGGAGGUAAACGAUAGGGAUAGGUAUGAACCGGCCAGACACCAGCGCAAUCGUACCCCUUACAAGAACAGGGGACAAAGAUACCGGGAGGAAAACGACAGUGGCGACGAAUACCCGCAGCAUACUACCCCACCCCGCUCACGGGAGCCAUACCACUCACGUGACCCACCCCGGCCACGAGAAUCAUACCAUUCACGUGACACAUACACUUACAGAGAGCCAGAGCAGACCCGCAACGGACCAAGGGAGAACCCGCGGUACGCCGCCUACAAUGAUGACCAAUACUCGCCGCCACGUGGUGGAGGAUACACCCAGAACUCCCGCACGCAUCUGCCGUAUAUUGACAAGCAGAGAUAUAAAGGAGAUGAACUCAAUCGAAUCCCGAAUGGAGUUGGGCCGCGGAAUGGACCCAAGGGUUCAGAGGAGAAGCGGUAUAACGUGGCGAGAGUGGAUAUUCACGGAAAACGUAGAGAAUUUUUCGCGCCAACCAUUCCCGACUCAAACGAUGAUGGAGCGAUGCCGGACAGGACUCUUGCUCUCGAUUGGGUAUACGGCUACAGAGGUAAAGACUCCCGGAAUAACCUUUUCGUCAUCACCACUGGUGAGACCUUGUACUUUGUCUCAAACAUUGCUGUGAUAUAUGAUAAGAGGAGGGACAGGCAGCGCCACUAUACGGAACACACAGAGGAAAUCUCGUGUAUGGCCUUGCACCCGUCCCAACCAUUGGUAGCGACAGGCCAGAUUGGUGGUAAGAACAAGGAUGCCCCAGCACACGUCAGAAUUUGGGACCAUCGGACCCUCGCAAACUUUGCUAUCAUUGGCAUGGGCGUCUUUGUCAAAGGAAUAACCUGUCUAUCAUUCUCAAAGGAGAAUGAUGGGGAAUAUCUUCUGGCGGUGGACCAGAGCAACAAACACGUGAUGACCGUUUGGCAAUGGGAGAAGGAAGCGUGUAUUGCCAAGACAACGAUCUACCCCUAUCCGCUUUCGUUUGGAGUGAAACCUUAUCGUGAAACAACCGUUGGAACAGUGAUAGGCGCCCAGUUCCACCCACAGGACGACUCCGUGAUCGUCUCAUUCGGAAAGCAACACAUCUCUUUCUGGAAGAUCUUCUGGGAGGAAGCGAACGAUGAUAGGGAGGAACAUCCAAAUGGUAGGAUACUCAGGGACAAGAAAAGCGGAAUUUUCGAGGACGAGGUGCCAAAAUACGUCACAGCGCUGGCCUUCAACGAGAACGGUGAUGUCAUUACCGGCGACUCCACCGGAAGUCUGAUAGUGUGGUCAAGGGACUACGAGAACGCCUAUACCCGAAACCACUCCUUUUCGAUGGAUCUAAAGCAUUGCCAUCAGAAAACGGUGCUAUGUCUGACUGUGAUGCCAGAUGGUACCCUCCUGACAGGGGGUGGAGCGGAGGUGAAGGCCUGGGACGGUAAUAACGGCUACAAGGUGCUCAAGGAGAGACUCAUUCCAGACACUCAGGGUUCCGUCCGUUCUAUCGUGGCCCAACAUUUCGAAGGUGCUGAUGGUCAGAUCUACAUCGGAACAACCAAAAACAUCAUUCUCGAAGGCUCCUUGCAGGAGAAGUUCACACCGCUCAUACAGGGUCACAGUGACGAGCUCUGGGCGAUGACCACCCACCCCUUUGAACAUUCCUUCUUCACUGCAAGCUACGACAUGCAAGUCAUCAAGUGGUCGACCCUGAAUCACAAGAUCAUCUGGAAGACGAAUAUAGAGAAACCCUGCCUCUGUGUUGCCAUCGACCCUAAGGGCAGCCUCGUAGCUGUUGGGACCACAGUGGGCCGAAUCAUAAUCAUGGACGCCAUGUCUGGCAUGCAUAUCAGUUCACUUCAGGUCAGCGUUGACCAGCUGGGAUGCAUGGCCUUUAAUCCAGACGGGAAUCUCUUGGCAGUUGGGUCACACGACCAUGGUGUCUAUGUGUUUGGCGUUCUGGAUGAGGGGCAGUGUCUCCGAAAGCAUAAAAGCGGAAUACUCACGGGUCACCGUAACUUUGUUACUCAACUAGACUGGUCUAGUGAUGGAAAGUACCUCCAGUCAGUCUCGGGCGAUUACGACUUAAGAUACUGGAACAUUGAAUCAAUGACCAGAGAAAGAUCCGGUAGCAAACUCUGUGACACAGACUGGCAUUCUCAGACUUGUGUCCUCGCCCACUGCACUUUAGGUGCUUGGUCCAACCUUGAGAAGGGAGAAGACAUCAACUGUGUGAGUCGCUCAACCUUCCGUGACUUGUUGGGCGUGGGCGAGAAUAGAGGCGUCAUCAAGCUUUACAAGUAUCCAAGCUCUGUGCACAAGGCUGAGUGUACUUCGAUCAAAGCGUACACGUCUCACGUUACAUCUGUCCGCUUUACAUUCGAUGACAGUUUCCUGAUAUCAACGGGAGGAACUGACGAUGCUAUCAUGCAAUGGUCAAUGGUUGAGACCUGAUCUGAACAAUACUCAAAACACUGGUGGUAAAACAGUUCAAACUCAAAGAAAACUGCCACUAACAAGUCCAGAAAUUGGUUUAAACCAUGUUUAUGGUAAAACUCCAACUUGGAGUCACUGGUACAUUGAUGUUUUGGUCAGAACCAGGUCUCCGUUCCACAAUUUAGCAUGGGCAACAUAACGAUUGGACUCAGGAUUAUGAUAGUAUUGUUGAUAAAGCUAUUGUGCAUGUACAUAGUCUUGACUCAAAUGACUUACUAAUCAAUUUUUAUGGGGGUUUAUGUCCUUUGCAUCAUGGUAGUUUUAAAUUCUUCCCAGGGUGUAGUCCAACAUUGUAAUGUAUGGCAGAAAUGCAAAUGGACAUUAUGGUUACAAAGCGGACCCUUUCAUUGUAUUACUGUGAUAUAUAAUUCCUUUUUUUACUUUCUACAUGUACGUUAUCAUCAAAUUUGGAAAUUUAGAAUUAGACUUAGAGAAUAGGACCAAGUACAUUUCUUCAGCCCUUCAGAGCCAGGACCAGGUCAAUCAAUUUAUGUUCAUAAGAAUGCUUAAGACACAAAUGAAAGUAAGGACAUUGUUUCACUGAAGAGCUAAAAACCAUGAAUUCAUUGUGCCAAAUAUUUGCUGUAAACCAUGAAAUGUAUCUUAGUGGAAUUACUAUUAUUAUUUAUCACUAAAACCAUUUUUAUAGUGCUUAAUGUUUUGAUGAACUCCUGUCUAUUUGACAAUAUAUUAAAACAUGCACACAUUAAUCAAUCCAUUAUUAAAUAACAUAACGAAGAAAUCAUCCAUACUUGCUAUUUGGCAUACAAACCUGAUUUGUAAGGAUGGAUUUCUAACAAGAUCUAUAAAAUAUUGUAAAUCUGUAUUUAUACUCAACCAGAUAAUGAGAUUUUCCAAGUUCUUCCAGUUUCGACACACAACAGAUGAUAGGGGUAAGAUGGUGGCACUAUGAUACAAUAAAUACUUAAAAAGUAGCCAGAAUUCUACUGUAUGUGACAUAUUUAUUUUUGCAUAAUAUUAGUUAUCAAGUAGGUUUAGGUCUCACCCAAGUCAAAAAAUAUGUCACCUUUCAAAGAAUCAUUAAAGUAAGACAUUGUAUUACUGAAAACUGCAAAAGCUUUGCGUGUUUAUUUCUGCGAUAAAAGCAAUAAAAGCCAAACAUUAACAAACAAAUUAACUGAAAAUACAAAAUAUCAUAGUCACACUUCCAGCAAUAUUGAGUGAAGAGUGACAAAAUACCUGGUUUAUAGCAUGCUUAAAACUAUAGAAAAUGACACUUUUUGUCAGUUUCUACAGUACAGUGAAAAUGGGUGCAUACACAGGCAAAUAUGAAAUAUGGUCAGGAUAAAUUUCAGUUCUUAUGAUUAUUUAUCAGAAUUGAUGAGGAACUCUGAGAUAUUUUGCAGCAAAGAAUCUUCUUCUGUAUGCAUCCAGAACGAAUCAAACAUCUGCAACUGGAUGCAGCCAAAACAAAAUCAAACAUCUGCUGCUGCAUGUAGCCAAACGAAAUCCGCAUUUGGUUAAUUUGCCUGUGAAUACACGUGUCGCAGAACAGAACUAUCUUCAAAGAACUUAUUUACCUUCCAUAAAUUCACUGCAUCUGAAAAUAUUCUCAUUGCUGUUUUCAUCUCAAUAAUGGGAUAAGUUAACAAUACAUUCGAUUUUGUAUGAAAUAGUUAUAAUUUACGAUAUAGAUUUUCUUCUGUUUUCGUUUUUUCCAACUGUGAUAUAGUUGCAGAUAUCAAAAUCAUAGAAGUCUGUACAAAAGCUUCACCUUAGGGUAAGAUUUACCAUAGUUACAUGUACUGGUUAGAAUAGUAACAGUUUUGGCCAUUUUGUACAGGCAAAUCUUUCUACAUUCCAAGUCCACUCUUACAUCGUAAGUUCUAUAUUUUUACUGAACAAAAUUUUGUACGAUUGUUAAUAAAAGUCUAUUGCCAGUUAAA